GUUCUCUGGAACGCCAUGCGGACGUCGGUCGACCCUUUAUUAUGCGGACUAACUGCCUCGUGCUCAGUCACCAACACCGCUAUUUCCUCGUCGGCGUUCCAAGAAGAGAACUCUGACUCGUCGAUGGGCGCUGAAUCGACCGACGGCGACGACGGAGUCGUCACCGGCGAAGGCACCACGGUGUUCCGAUGCACGACCUACUCCUUCCUCCGCACCAACCUCGCCCUUGCCCUCUGGCUCGGCGCCAUCCACUUCGACGCCGCCCUCGUUCUCGUCGCCAUCCUUUUCUUCCCCCUCCGCCUCGCCGCACCGGUCUUCGCCAUUCUUCUAUUCUUCAUGGUGAUCCCGAUCGAUGAAAGGAGUAGAUCUGAGCGGAGAUUGUCAAGGUUUAUUUGCAAGUACGCCUGUGGGUACUUUCCGAUUACCCUUCAUGUGGAAAACAUCAAAGACUUCAGUCCAGAUCAAGCUUACGUUUUUGGAUACGAGCCACACUCGGUGCUACCAAUAGCUGUUUGUGCUCUUGCCGCUGACACAGGAUUCAUGCCACUGCCCAAAAUCAAGGCUCUCGCGAGCAGUGCUGUCUUCUACACUCCCUUUCUGAGGCAUAUUUGGACAUGGAUGGGAGUUGCUCCUGCAUCGAGGAAGAACUUCUAUUCCAACUUUGCUUCUGGGUACAGUUCCGUCAUUGUGCCUGGUGGCGUCCAGGAGAUGCUUCAUAUGGACCGUGACUCUGAGGUUGCCUUCCUUAAAUCAAGAAGAGGAUUUGUGCGAAUUGCUAUGGAGAUGGGUCGACCUUUAGUGCCAGUUUUUGCCUUUGGCCAGAGUGACGUCUAUCGAUGGUGGAAGCCCACUGGAAAAUCAUUUGUGAAGAUAGCUCGAGCACUCAAGUUCACACCAUUAAUCUAUUGGGGAAGAUUUGGAACACCCAUACCGCAUCGACGCCCAAUUGAUGUAAUUGUGGGGAGACCAAUUGAGCUGGUAAAAAAUCCCAACCCAACCACCGAGGAGAUCAAUGAGGUUCACUCUAAAUACGUUCAUGCCCUGGAGGAACUCUUCGAGAAGUACAAGGGUAAAGUUGGUCGCCCCGAUCUCGAACUCAGAGUCAUGUAAUAUGUUCAUCUUCCUCACCUCUUUUCUGAACUCUGACGAAUUUUAAGAACAUCCUAGUGAAGGUGAAGGUGACCGGGCCUUGUUACCAUACUUCAUGGCAUCAGAAACAUCAAUUAAGAAGUUCAAAACUAGUCGCCAACUCAUUCCCAAUUAGGGAAGAUAGAUAUGUUGCAUGAUUGGGAUAGAAAUUAGUUAUAUUGAUUGUUCAUUGUAAUCACAUGGUAUGAUUACAAUGAAGUGGAAUGGUGUUUUAAAGUUAAUGACAAUUCUGUUGCUGGAUGGUUGUAAUCGAGGGAUAAGAUUCAUGUAGUCAGCCACAAAUAGUCAACUCACUGAAAAUACAUUCAUAAUAUAUUCUGUUUUUCUCUGAA